AAUAAAUGAAUGCCUCUUACUUGUAGGGCGGACAACUCCUUCCUGGAAACACUAUGUUCUCCUGCAACACCAGCACUUCUGGUCAUUCUACCUUCCUCCUCACUGGCUUUCCAGGCCUGGAAGCCUCUCAUUAUUGGGUUUCUAUCCCCAUCAACCUCAUCUGUGUGUUUUCCAUCCUGGGUAACGGUAUCAUUCUUCUCCUGAUCUGCACGGAUCCAGCCUUACAUGAACCCAUGUACAUCUUCCUGUCCAUGUUGGCAGCCUCCGAUCUAGGCCUCUGUGCCUCUACUUUUCCCACCAUGAUGUGGCUUUUCUGGCUGGGUGCUCGUGAGCUGCCCUUUGAUCUCUGUGCAGCGCAGAUGUUCUUCAUCCAUGCCUUCACCUAUGUGGAAUCUGGUGUGCUGCUGGCCAUGGCCUUUGAUCGUUUUGUUGCCAUCCGGGAACCUCUGCACUAUGCCACAAUUCUUACCCACUCAGCCAUGGCCAAGGUGGGGGCUGCCAUCCUGGUGAGGGCUGUCCUGCUCAACCUCCCAGGACCCAUCCUCCUGCGGCGUCUGCUUUUCCCCCAGAUCAGUGUACUUUCUCACUGCUACUGCCUGCACUGUGACCUUGUGGGAUUGGCCUGCUCAGACACCCAGAUCAACAGCUUGGUUGGCCUGGUCUCCAUCCUCUUCUCACUGGGCCUUGAUUCCUCCCUCAUUGUGCUCUCAUACGCCCUGAUCCUACAAACAGUACUGGGCAUUGCAUCACCUGGAGAACAGCUCAAGGCACUCAACACAUGUGUCUCACACCUCUGCGUUGUUCUCAUCUUUUAUUUGCCCAAACUGGGGCUGUCUGUGUUACACAGAGUAGAGAAGCACAGCUAUCCUGCUCUGGCAGUGCUCAUGGCCAACCUGCAUUUCUUGGUCCCGCCUAUCAUGAACCCCAUAGUUUACUGUAUCAAGUCUAAGAAGAUACGUCAGAGCCUCCUAAAGCACUUCCAGCAUAAAAGGGUUGAUGUCUUUUAGAAGAGCAGAAGGAUCCAAUGGUACAUGACCCCUGUGGGGCACUCUGGGUCUUGGGGCAGGGGAGAGUUAAUGUUUGAGGGUUCAAUGAUUCAGUUUUUACUACUGAGCAUUUCGUGGGGGGCACUAUUAGCUUCUAUAAUUACAAUUUUGGGGGACUGAGACCAUUGAAAAGUAUAUUUAAGUACCACCUUGAUAACCCUCUCAUUGCUCUGAUUAGAGCCAAACUAUUUCAGACUCAUAUACUGUGACAUCUCCUUACCUAGGGGACCUAACCACAGCAACUGAGAGGAUGUGUGUGCAUACCCAUUUGUGAGGCACUUCUCUCCUUUUCCUCAGUGGAUUCCACCCCCCUCAGCCCCCAUUUAUAAACCUAAGGAAGAAAUAUAUUCCUAUUACAUAUAAGGUUAGAUGUAAAUAAACUAUAUUCACCUUAACACUGGUCUUCUCCCAAACUUGGUAUUGACCAGUUCACAUAACAAGAAGUAGAAAACAGGGGUUGGAGAGUGAGAAACACAUAGGAUGACAAUGAACAUGCUGAAUUUAUCUAGCACUUAUUUGUAGUCUAGGGAGUCAUAGUUUUCUAUUGAUUCUCUUCAUGUGUGUCUCUGCUUUGACCUUGAAAGUAAGUUUGGUCCUGUUAAACUUAGGAAAGAUGCUCAGUAUAACUUCUAGAUAGUGCUGGUUUCUCAAGCAUCAGUGGUAAAGGUGGAACAGCCACUCACUUCCAAUGCAGGUGAUCUGCUAGGAUAUAAGCCCCAUGAGACCAGGGAUUUGGGGACUGUUUGUUCACUGAUCUGUCCCCAGCUCCAAGAACAGUGUCUACCAUAUAAUACGUGCUUGGUAUAUAUUGAAUAAAUGAGUAGGAAAGACAAAGGAAGAAGAAAAAAUCUUGAGAGCUGAUCUCCAGGAAUGGAGAAGACUGAGAGAUCCAAAUACCUGAGGCCUGUGGGGAGAACGAGCAGUUGGUGAACUGCAAUGGAAUGAAGUCAGGAUGAAUAUCAGAGGCCUUGGGGAUGAGGUAUGGCUCUGUCUAGAUCACAUGGUCCAGAAGGCUGUUUCCAAGGAUGAAGCUCA